AUGUUCGGACAAGUUGUUAUAGGCCCACCAGGGUCAGGGAAGUCCACAUAUUGUCAUGGGAUGCACCAGUUCAUGUCUGCAAUUGGACGGAAACUGUGUAUAGUGAAUCUCGACCCAGCAAACGACCGAUUACCAUACCCAGUGGCUUUGGAUAUUCGCGAUUUUAUCACCCUUGAAGAAAUCAUGGAUGAACUUAGUUUGGGGCCUAAUGGUGGUCUCAUGUAUGCAUUAGAGGCCUUGGAUGAAACCGAGGUGGAUGUGUUUGUAUCGCGUGUAAAGAUGCUCAUGGAUGACCAAAAUUAUAUUAUUUUUGAUUGUCCUGGACAAGUUGAACUUUUCACUCAUCAUAGUUCACUUUUCCGUAUUUUCAAGAAAUUGGUCAAACGUCAAGACCUAAGAUUAUGUGUAGUGUCAUUAGUUGAUCUGAUUUAUCUCACCAGUCCAUCGCAAUAUAUUUCGAUCCUUCUUCUUAGUUUGAGAUCAAUGUUACAACUUGAUCUUCCUCAUGUGAAUGUGAUAUCCAAAAUCGAUAUGCUUAAGAAUUAUGGACCUUUACCAUUCAGAUUGGACUACUACACAGAGGUACAAGACCUUUCGCAACUCACCCCUUACUUGGAAAAGGAACUGAACUCCGUUUUAGGUAAGAAUUAUGUUAAGUUAACGGAAAUGAUUGGUGAACUUGUGGAAGAUUUUAACUUGGUUUCCUUUGAGGUGUUAGCAGUGGAGAAUAAGCAAGCUAUGAUCAAUUUAUUGAGUAUUAUAGACAAGGCUAAUGGGUAUAGUUUUGGUAGUUCAGAGAUUGGUGGAGAUACCAUCUGGAGUGAAGCCACUAGACAAGGUGGACUUCCUGGAUAUAAAGAGAUUGAUAUUCAUGAAAGAUGGAUUGAACAUAAACACGAAUAUGACGAAGAAGAAGAGAAACAACGCCAAGAAGCCAUGCCGGAACAACAACCACUCACCGAGGAAGAAGAAUGGGAACAAUCUCUUGAACAGUGGGAAUCAGAAAGAGGAGGAGAAGGAGCACUUCAGAGAUAG